AUGCCGAGAAUGCCCAUGAUGGUUGCAGUUGGUAUGCUUAACAAAGGCAAGACGUUUCCUGUCACCUUUUCAUUCUGUCCAAGCGAGAACGAUGCCUCCUAUCCCUUCUUCUGGGAGAGCCUCAAGUUACAUCUACCUGGGAUUGCUGCGCCUGCGGUCAUUAUAUCUGACCAGACGUCGGCGAUUAAGCCGUCGAUGACCAAGUGCUUUCCGUCUACUGGCCAUCAGAUCUGUGAGGGGCACGCUGUCGAGACAAUGAAGACCAGGUUUCGAGAUAUGGGCCAUACUACAACUGAGAUCAAAGGCGAAAAGGACCGCGCCGGAAACCGCGUUGUUAACGGCCUGCAAUACCUCGUCUGGGACUACCUCCGCAGUGUCGUCACGCUGGUCACGGCAGGACAGCCAAACCUCGGCCAUCGAUCGACGCAGCGAUCCGAGUCCCAUCACAGCGUUGUUACUCAGAUAACGAACGGCCAGUUAACGCUUGAAAUCCGUCAUGGCGCAACCGACGUCAACACCGACGACACAGUCGUCAACCAGCUCCAUGUCCUCGAGCACGGCUACGUGGUCAUCCCCAACUGCUUCAGCGCGGACAAGACCCGCGAGGGGCGCGACGAAAUCGCCACUGGACGCCUCUGCCAAACGACCGGAAGAAUGAUCAGAGAGAUCAAUGAAUCUGAGGAUUUAUCACGCGUGAGCUAUCCCAGAGAGGCUCAAGCUAGGACCUUUCAAAAUCUGCGAUUUACUGUUCCUAGCUAUGCGCUCAGAAAGCCACUGUUCUAUCCUCGGGCAAUUUCUACUGCCCUGUCGCCAUUACCUCAAACGAGCCUUUCUCACUGGCGAGUCUCUAUCUCGAUCUCUAUUGCACCCGCGGUGGUGGCUGGAUGGGCCGCAAAUCACGUCCAUAGCCGGGUCCCAAGCUAUCAAAACCUCGAGAAUCAGAGCGAGAUUCAGCACCGACCAAGCCUCACGAUAUCGACGACGAACGGACGGAAGAUUCAGGAGAUUCGAGAGGAUCUAGUACAUGACGAACGAGCUCGGUUUGACGGGCGAAGAGAGAGACUUGAGACACAACCAGAAGAGCAAUCCGGUACCAAAGAAGACCUUGAUACAGAGACGAGAUCAGGGGAGAGCGAGCGACAGCGAGAGUCUCAAUCGCCAGCGAGAGCCCUGAUCACCAGGGAGAUCGGCAAGCGCCGGGAAAUGUCAUCAAGUCGUGACGUCACGCUCACAAUAGCUGGGCGUUAUUUGCCUUCGGCAAAGAUACCAUUUUUGCUGGACUGCUGCCUGGAGGAGAAUGGAGAGACGACAGGCAGAAUAGGUGCGAAUGAUGGUCAGAGGACACAUUGUCGCCGCCAUCCCAGUACCGACAAUCAUUCUGUGUUUUUGGGGAUCAAGAAGCUCAUUGAGCAUACAGGCUUGGGGGUAUAUCCUCUCUACUCGACCUCUACUCGUCCUCUACUCGACCUCUGCUCAAUCUCAUCCUGUCUGCUCGAUGUCAUCCUUUAUUGUCAACCUCAUCCUCUCUACUACAUCUCAUCCUCUCUCCUCGAUCCUUUUCUGCUCGAUCCUCCUCUGCUCAAUCCUCCUCUGCUCGAUCCUUCUCUAUUUGAUCUCUACUCGACCUCUACUCGACCUCAUCCGCUCUGCUCGAUCUCGUCCUCGCUGGUCGAUCCUUGUCUUGUCGAUCCUCUUCUGCCCGAACCUCCUCUGGUCUGUCCUCCUCUGGUCGAUCCUUAUCUUGUCGAUCCUCCUCUGCUCGAUCCUCGUCUGCUCGAUCUUGUCCUUUCUGCUCGAUCUCGUCUUCUCUGCUUGGUUCGACGGAGAACCGACCACCCCUUCCGAACCCCAUACCCCGAAUGUGCGGGAGUCGCCUGCUUCGACAAGACGGGGACGUUGACCGGCGAGGAUCUCGUCGUUGACGGUAUUGCCGGUCUUAGCUUGGGAAAGAAGAGUGUCCAAAACGAAGCAAGCGGACGGUGCGCAGUCCUCGGUCACCAAGGUCCCAGACUGCGGCAUUCAUAUCAUACUACACUGGUUUUGGAAACCGCUCACGCCUUGAUCAAAACUGAACUGGAGGACAGGGACAUUGUUGGUGAUCCUAUGGAAAAGGCCACAACCGCUCACGCCUUGAUUAAACUAGAGGAAGGGGACAUUGUCGGUGAUACUAUGGAAAAGGCCACACUCGACGCUCGAAACUGGACCCUUGGCCUUGACGACACUUUGAUCAGCACUCCCCGAGAUCCAGGAGGUCGGAGCUAG